AUGUUAACCAAUACGGCCGCCGUCCUCCCUUACCAUUUCAACGGGUCCAUCUCAAACAACAACGCCGACUAUGACGUUAGGAACAUCAGCGUUCCGAAUGCGACGUCAUUUGACCUUUUGGUAGGUGCCGACUUAGUUGUCUUCGAUCGCGAAAGGGGCUCCUAUGCACCUGUCAUGAAAGACAUCUUCUUCACUGACCCGGCCUACAGCCGGUACAUCGCCCUCACCGAUACCACAUCUCAGCUGCCUUCUAUACGCUAUCCCGGUACUCCAGACUACGGUGCGGACGGUCUCGGAGAACUAAAUAGCAUUGCGUUCUCGCCGGAUGGCAGCACGCCAUACAUCUCUGAGAUAGGCGCCGUUUCGGGAACGAUUGACCCUCGUCUUGGGAGCGAGGAAACGACUUACAAUACUACUGGAAAGAGAGUCAUCUACGCCUGGGGUAUCAAGAUCAAUGAAAGAAGAGUUUAA